AUGGCGGCCGACGUCCUGGCCCAGCGCGACGCCGCGCCGGCGUACGUGGGCUCCAACCGCACCUCGCUGCCGCCGCUGGUCACGUCGCCGCCGUCGCACGCCAAGCUGGAGCGCGCCAGCUCGUACGCCAGCAAGCGCAUGUCGGCCGUGGCCGCCGCCGUGGCCCCCGCGCCCGCCCCGCGCUCGCGCCCGCAGUCGGUGGCCUUCCCCGCCUUCCACUCGAGUCUGCCGUACGCCCUGGUGCGCGACUUUGCCUACGAGCCCGCCCACCCGCUGUACUACGGCCCGCUGCCCGCCGAGCACCGCUCCGGCGCCUCGACCCCCGCCAGCGACCGCAGCCGCCGCCUGAGCGACCCGCCGCCCGUGGCCUGGCGCACCGACCGCGGCGCCCGCGCCCCGCAGCACCUGGGGCUAGGCGAGCAGCUGCCCAUGACGGCCUUUGGCGACGGCCCGCCCUACAGCGAGGACGACGACCUGGCCAGCCCCGUCGUCACCAGCCACCACAGCGCCCGCCACAAGAAGCAGAAGUCGAACCAGGUCGACUUUGACCAGACCCGCGGCCGCCGCGCCCCCGAGGAGCACCGCCGCAGCUCCGUCACGGGUGUCAACGGCGAGGGCAGCUACUACCCCAGCCACGUCAACGACGCCGCCAACGGCAUCGGCGGCGAGUACAUCACCUACCCGCCCAGCUCGUCCGCGUCGCUCGACGUGCCCGAGGGCGCCUCGCGCCGCGACUCGCACUUUGCCGCCAUCCUGCCCCAGCGCUCCUAUGCCAACGAGGGGCCGCCCUACCACUCCGAUGCCGACGACGACGAUGACGACGACAUGUCCGAGCCCGGCGACUACAUUCAGGACGACAACCGCUUCUCGCGCGACUACCAGUUCACCAUCGCCUCGCCCGACGAGGAGAUGCACGGCAAGGCCGUCGCCCUGUUCGACUUUGCCCGCGAAAACGACAACGAGCUGCCGCUGGUCGAGGGCCAGGUCAUCCUGGUCUCCUACCGCCACGGCCAGGGCUGGCUGGUCGCACAGGACCCCAAGACAGGCGAGAGCGGGCUGGUGCCGGAGGAGUACGUGCGCCUGCUGCGCGACAUCGAAGGCGGCUGGAAUGGCCUCAUGAACGGCGCCGUGCAGGCCCAGGAAGCCAGCACCGGCCUGGACAGCCUGCUCAGCCCCAUCUCAGCCGGUCCCGAGGCCAGAACCCCCACCCAGGCCGACCACACCUCCUCGUACACGCCCGUCAUAUCCACCUUCUCAACAAGUCACAAAGACCUAGAGCCCUAUCCCAAAGACCGGCUCGCCACACCAACAAACCCCGAGGGAGGAGCCUUCAGCAAGGGAAGAGAAGACGGCCCGAUGGAGGGCGUCGAGACGACCACCCCCAACCACCAGAGUUCAUGA